CUUUGUGGGAUUUAACAACUGUUCCUUAUCCAUAUCCAAACAAUGCAAUGUUAGAAUUAUGAUUGUUGCUGAUAUAUCUGAUGCUUCUCAGGAAUCUUGAGGCUUUAACUUUGGGAAAAGGACAAAUAGGGGAAACUUUUUUUCAAGCCCUAACAGAUUGCCAACUGUUGAAGGGUCUGGUUAUCCAUGAUGCUACCCUUGGUAAUGGUAUUCAAGAGACACCUAUAUACCAUGAUAGACUGAGACAACUUCAAAUCGUGAAAUGCCGAGUGCUCCGUAUUUCUGUCAGGUGGUACAGUUGUAAAUAAUUGGAAAAAGUUUCAUAUAUAGUAAUUUGUUCAGAAUUUGUGCUAAAGUUUCUUGUUUUGCAAGUGCCCCCAACUCGAAACCUUGUCUUUAAAGCACUGUAGUAUGGCUCAUGCUGUGCUCAACUGCCCUCUUUUGCAUGAUCUUGAUAUAGCCUCUUCCCAUAAGUUUUCAAAUGCUGCAAUUCAUUCGGCACCAACAUCUUGCCCACUUUUGGAGUUUUUAGAUAUGUCCAAUUGUUCAUGUGUGAAUGAUGAAACACUACGCGAAAUCGCCCUUACUUGUGGUAAUCUCCAUGUUCUUAAUGCUUCGAACUGCCCAAACAUCUCUCUUAAGUCUGUAAGACUGCCCAUGUUGAUAGUUCUCAAGCUUCACAGUUGCGAGGGCAUUACUUCUGCUUCCAUGGCAGCAAUAUCUCAUAGUUAUAUGUUGGAGGUCUUGGAGCUUGCAAUUGCAGUUUAUUGGCGUCGGUGUCCUUGGAUCUCCCAUGCCUGCAGAAUAUAAGACUUGUCCAUUGUCGCAAGUAAAUUAUGCUACUCCGAUCUCAAAGUCUAGUAGGGGAACUAUUUUGGUGGUACUUGUUAGUUAGUGCGACUAACGUUAUAAUAUUGCUUGCAGGUUUGUUGUUUUAAAUAUACGAAGUAUCAUGUUGUCAUCUGUUACAGUGUCAAAUUGCCCUUCACUCCAACGAAUUAACAUCACAUCUUAUAUGGUGAAAAAUGCACACGUAAUUCUAACACCAUUUUCUCUUAAGAUAUCACUUAUUUGGUGAGCUUUGUAGGUAACCCAAUUUAUAAGUGGACUGUUUGAGUCAAGAAAUGAUCUUUCCACAUUUAAAAAUCACAUAUAAGACUUCCUUGUGCAGUCAAAGGAGUUCUCAGCACAGGUAAACUCCAGCAUAACUUAUUUCCAUUGCUUAAUUUUCUUAGAAAUGCAACUAUUCUCAUUGUUGAUUGAGAUGUUU